GGUCCGGGGCCGGCCCGAGGUUGAAGUCGGCAGUUCUGUUCAGAGAGCUUUGUCAGACGCUGAUGGGCACUUUUUUGCAUUUCGUUCCGCCCCAUCUUAUGAGCAGGAUCACCCCGGUUGGCCCCGUGCACUCUGGCAGUCGGAGCGAUUGGGAAUACGCAGGAGUCGAAUGGUCGCCAGCAGACGAGGUCGUUUUCGAGAACAUCGACGACACUCAGCUUGGCCAGGCUCUUCCUGGUUCGCCCCUUCCCAUAGUGGUCAACUCGUCCCCCAGUUCCUCGCCCUCCAGUCCGACAGGUUCUCAUGACUCCCUGCCGCCAGGAAGUUCUGAUCCGUACUGAAGUGGCACGGCUACCCCGUUCCCGCAGGACUUCGCCAUCAAUGACAUGCUGAAGGCGAUGGACAUUAAGCUUUAUGACGUGGCCACGAGACAGGACAUCUCCACCAUCCAAGCAUCCCUCUACAACCACGAGGAAGCCUUCGCGCAUAUCGAGACUCGCGUCGCUGGUGUUGAAACUUGGACAUCCGAGAAGAUCACGGCUGCUGUUGAGGCUGGCGUAGUGACCAAGAUCGAGGCUCGGCGUACAUAUGGUAAACUGCAGCAUCGGUCGUCAGAUCGACUCGUCCACCCUCAUCGUCUGCCCCUUUCGGUCUUCUCUCCCGUCUUCUAUGGCAACAAACGUCGAGCUGUUGGAGACUUCGCCCUUUCACCAGUGCUCGCUGGAGGAGAAGCCGACGCGUAUAAAGUGUGGUUUGACGGGUUCCCUCGUCGCAUGCGGGCCUCCGUGGUGCAAAAUGACGCCCGCCAAGUUCUUGAUGCUAUGACGCCCCACUAUGACGUCAACGCUGUGGGCGUCACCAGGAAUAUGCACAUAAACUACUCCGUCCGUCGCGUCGCGUCCGGCAUCGCCAGCGCCACUGGCCAUUCCAUGGAACGCAACGGCGUCUCAUUCUUCGACCCGUGGACGAUCCGUCGCGAGCCCAUUCGCUGUCGCCCAGGCGCUGGCAUCAGGAUCUGUGCUCGCCACAGGGUCCUCGGCUAGCUCUGGCAGCGCUUGCUCUGGCACGUGGAAGUAAGGAGUUCGUGGCUGUCUGCGCGCCGACUUGGUUGCAGCGGCCCGCGUCGAUUAGUAU